GCGGCACUCCCUGGGAGUGGACUCUGUACCCUGUUGUAAGGCAGAAAGAAAACUCCAAACACAACACACUCUCACUCACUCAGUAACCUCAGCAAAGAGGAAUACACACCUCUUUCUUCAGCCGGUCAACAGCACCACCGAGAACACAGCAUCUCUUCUACAGCAGCGGUUUUCUGCACCUUAACUUAGGAGUCAUGGCAAACAAAGGUCCUGCUUACGGUCUGAGCCGGGAGGUCCAGAAUAAGAUCGAUAAGAAAUACGACCCAGAGCUGGAGGAGAGGCUGGUCCAGUGGAUCCAAGCCCAGUGUGGUCCCGGAGCGGGCUCGCCAGAACCUGGUAAAAGUGGCUUCCAGAACUGGCUAAAGGAUGGAUGUGUGCUGAGUGAGCUAAUCAACAGUUUGUAUGUUGGAGACAAACCCAUAAAGAAGGUCCAGAGGUCCCCCAUGGCCUUCAAACAGAUGGAGCAGAUCUCUCAGUUCCUCAACGCAGCCGAACGCUACGGGGUCACCAAAACUGACAUGUUUCAGACCGUCGACCUGUGGGAGGGUAAGGACUUGGCAGCUGUGCAGAGGACCCUGAUGGCACUCGGCAGCUUGGCUGUAACCAAAGACGACGGUUGUUACCGCGGUGACCAAAGUUGGUUCCACAAGAAAGCCCAAGAGAACCGACGUGAUUUUUCCGAGGAACAGCUUAAAGAGGGGCAGAGUGUCAUUGGCCUGCAGAUGGGCACCAACAAAGGGGCAUCGCAGGCGGGCAUGACGGGAUAUGGACGACCCCGCCAGAUCAUUAACAAUCCCUGAAGGUCGCAAACUCUGAUCCCAUCUCACUCCCAGCCAAUCUCUGAAGAUGGAACCGGCCCUUAGGCCUUACCUGCGGCUUCAGCAAGACAAAACUGGACCAUCACAGGGACCACACAGACACACACACACACACACACAAACACGCACGCAACCACACAUACACAUACGCACACCAAAUAUGUGACCAAAAGUCUUUAUUUGUUGAUUGUUAUUAGUGAAAAACCAUAUAUAUCAAAAUGACAGGACCAAGUAGGGCUGAGAAAGCCUUGCUCUGCUUCAUUACACAGUAGCUUGAGGUUAAAGGUUAAAGGUUCAAGGGUAAAACGCAGUGAUAGACUUUGGACUAAAAAAAAAAACAAAAAAACAGUUAAUCUCAACAUACCUGGUGAAUGAUGACUUUGGGUCUCUGUCUCCAGAGUUUGGUAUUUUGUACAUUGUAUAUUGAUGCUUAAUAAAUGAUUUUGAAAUUAAAUUCAUGAUAAUUU